AUGACCAAGCGCAUUUUCCCCGUCAACGACUGGGCCCAGGAAGCCAUGAUGGAAUCCCCAUCCGAAUCUUCUACUAUGGUUGCUUCUACAGGCAACGGUCAGUCUGCGACUGGCACUUUGCGUCCUGAAGCAGGCACUAUGCACACAACUCCUCCCCUGCGAAAUCGCAGCAUGAGCCUAUCUAUGCCUUGGCGUCGACCAAAGUCGUUCGCUUUUGGCCACGAUCAUUCUCACUCGCAGCAUCUAUCCCGCCAUUUUGACGAUCUCGUUGUUGACGACGCCGACUACGCACACGAUUCGAACCAGAUUAACGAGGGCCAACAACACCAUCAUUUCCACACGCCCGGUGCCAAACAGAUUAAGGGCAUGUUUCGCCGCGCCUCACUCUCCAUCAACCGAAUGGUCCAUCGUCGACCUUCUGUCGUUGAAGACAUAGACGAGAACUCCGAGACCAGCAGACCUAUCACUUCCUAUGCCCACGGCAAUACACAGUCGGCUUGGAACCGCCUGCGACAGGCUACCAUUCGUCGAUCACGAUCUAUCUAUGGGUUCGAUCUGACUCACGAACAUGGCACCUACAAUACCGAUAACUCUUCGCAUUUGCCGAUUCCUGGCUUCCGCGGCGAACCACCUGUGAUACCUAGCAACUCGGGAGCUGCUGCCAAGGCUUCAGCUGCUAUGCAGAACGAAUACCUCGCUCGCCAAGGCCUAUACAAUAUGUGGUUGAACCCGAGUACCAACGACGAAACCAACGACCGCGAGAGUGGUAUCGGAAUCACAGUGACUCUUCCUGGUGUCGAGUGCGAAACCGAGAUGGACCAGAGCAGUGUUAUCAGCACAAUCGACUUUGUCUCGAGACUCCCGGCCGAACUUGCCAUCCACGUUUUGGCAAAUCUUGACGCUGCUGCUCUUGUCAACGCCAGCAUGGUCUGCAGGAACUGGAAAAAGAUUGUCAGCAACCAGCACAUCUGGCGCGAGUCUUGCCUUCGAGAGACAACCACCACCUAUGCCACCAGCGAGCCUGUAGAACCAGGGACUGGCCUUGGAGUUCCUGCUGUUUCACCGGUAAACGACUGGAGAGAGAUUUAUCGUGUCAAGCAGGAGUUGAGUCAGCGAUGGAAGACUGGCAAGGCCACGCCUGUCUAUCUGAAUGGGCAUAAAGAUAGUAUCUAUUGCCUACAGUUUGACGAGCACAAAAUUAUCACUGGUUCUCGCGACAAGACGAUCCGUGUCUGGGAUAUGCACACCCUCGAAUGCAGUUUGAUCAUCGGACCUCCCGAUGUCAUUAACGAACCGGACAUGCUUCUCGAUGAGGAUGGAAACCCUACCCAUUUCGCUUCAGGCUCUUCUGAGAACGAGAAGUCUAACUUCUCGAUUCCUCGUAGUACCUCAUUCCCCACCUAUCACAUGGCCUCUAUCCUCUGUCUGCAGUAUGACGAUGAAAUUCUUGUAACUGGAUCCUCCGAUUCUACCUGCAUCGUCUAUGACGUUCGUGCAGGAUAUCGACCCAUUCGUCGACUUCGACAUCAUACCGCAGCUGUUCUCGAUCUCGCCUUUGACGACAAGCACAUCGUGACAUGCAGCAAGGACUUUAGUAUCUGUGUCUGGGAUCGCCAGACUGGCGACUUGAUCAAGCAGCUUCGCGGGCACAGUGGACCUGUCAACGCGGUUCAAAUGCGGGGCAACACCAUCGUGUCCUGCUCGGGAGAUUUCCGCGUGAAGUUGUGGAACAUUGAAACGGGCAAAAACAUCCGCGAGUUCACGGGGCACACCAAGGGCCUUGCCUGCUCCCAAUUCUCCGAAGAUGGCAGGUAUAUUGCAUCUGCUGGUAAUGAUAAAGCCAUUCGCAUCUGGGAUGCCAAUACUGGCGAGUGCCUGCAUGAGAUGCGUGCCCACGAGAACCUGGUUCGCAGCCUACACAUAGAUAGUGUGAGCGGUCGACUGGUCAGUGGAAGCUAUGACACCGACAUCAAGGUGUGGGAUAUGGAGACUGGACAUCAGCUGCUCGACUUCCCCAAGUGGCACGCAAGCUGGGUGCUGAGCGCAAAGAGUGAUUACCGUCGCAUUGUCAGCACGGGACAGGAUCCCAAGAUCUUGAUCAUGGACUUUGGCGCUGACGUCGAGGGUAUUGAGACAAUCGAAAGCGCUAGACCUGUCGAGGUUGAGGUGGACGGAGGAUUCAUUUAA